CGGUGUAUUGUGAAUAGGCGGCGCGUGCCGGGUCUCUGGGCCGUUACUGGGGGAAAAAAUGGUGGAAGCUGUGGCGGCAACGUGCACAAAACUCCGUCCAAAACAUCUCGGAAAAUAUUCACCAUCUCAGCCUGGCAUAGGAUAUCGGUUACCGGGAGACAAACACAGAUAAUACACGCUAAAGUAAAGACCUAAUCAGGCGUUUGUGUGACACACACACAAACACACACACAUACACAUACAUUAGUGGUGUGAAAACGUGGGUGAUGAAGUCACGACCAAGUUGUGAAAUUAACCAGAACCAGAACUUGUGAGUUUAUUCGACUGUUUUGUUUGUGGACGUCGACAGUCAGGUCACAGAUAUAAUUUGAGCUGAAUCAAGUUUUGCUCUGAGUGCCUUAUGGUUGUGAGUGUGAGCGUGUGUGUGUGUGUGGAAGAGCUUAAGCAGAAUUAGCUUGUGUUGGAUCAGCUGACAACAUGCCACGGAGCAAAAAAGGGAAACGUGGAGCCUCUUCAAGUAAAGGCUCACUUCGACAGGAUGUACUUCUGUUGCAGCUUUCAGCUAAGACAGCACUGUCACGUCCAGGAAAGAAUGGAGGGAAAGGAGGGUCCGGUGCCAGUGAUGAUGAGUUGGCAUCUGAAAUGCUCAGUCAUUACAGCAGUGCCAGUGAGAGCGCCUCAGUGCUGGAUGAAGGAACAGGUGAGAUGGUGGAUGAACAAGCUGCUCAGGAGGAAACAGAAGACAAACUAAAGCAGUGUAUCGACAACCUAAUGGACAAAAGUGUGAAGACACGGCUAGCAGCACUGGAGAGCUUGCGAUUAGCCUUCUCUUCCAGAGUGCUGUAUGACUUCCUACUGGAAAGAAGGCUCACCAUCAGCGACUGUCUGGAACGCAGCUUGAAGAAAGGUGGAGGAGAGGAGCAGGCUGCAGCAGCCACGCUAUGUGCACUCCUCUGUAUACAGCUGGGAGGUGGGUUUGAAGGUGAGGAGGGCUUUAAGAUGUUUCGCCCCAUCCUUAGCUCCAUCCUGACGGACAGCUAUGCCAGUCUAUCAGCUCGUCAGAGUUGUGCCAGAGCAUUGGGAAUGUGCUGCUACGUGUCCGCAUCAGACAACGCUGAAGAUUUGUUGAAUUGUAUGGGGCAUUUGGAGAGUGUGUUUGUGGGUGCAUAUCCACUGGGUGAUGGUAGUUUACCCUCUGUUAAAGCUGGAAGUCCGGCUCUCCACAGUGCUGCCCUUCAGGCCUGGGCUCUGCUGGGUACUCUGUGUCCUGCUUCCCACAUCAGAAACAUGGUCAGGUGUCAUUUGCCUCAGCUGCAGGCUUGUUUGGAGAGCAGUGAGGUGAACUUCAGGAUCGCUGUAGGAGAAACCAUCGCUCUGCUGUAUGAACUGGCACGAGAAGUUGAAGAGGGGUUUGAGUAUGAGGAAUGUGAAGUGCUGUGUGAGAAUUUAAAGCGUUUGGCAACAGACGGAAAUAAACAUCGGGCCAAAAAUGACCGACGCAAGCAGCGAUCCAUUUUCCGCGAGGUUCUACAUUACAUCGAGAGUGAGGAUUUUUCUGAUGAAAAGGUCCGGUUUGGGGUUGAGGUGCUCUACCUUGAUGGCUGGAUGCGUCGUCGGAUUUAUGAUGCAUUUAAAGAGGUGCUGGGGUCUGGAGUGAGCCACCACCUGCAGGUUAACCCACUACUGAGAGAUAUUUUUGGCUUUGGAGCUCCUCUCAUUCUGGACUCUUCAGUCAAGGCCACCAGGAUCUCUCGCUCAGAAAGGCACCUUUUCAAUUCAGCUGCGUUUAAAGCCCGGACAAAACUACGGAACAAAGUGAGGGACAAACGAGCAGAUGUGAUGUGAUGCUGCUGCUGCUGAUGAUGACUUGAUGCAGAGAGAUGAACGCUACACACUUCUUCUGAGCUCACUUGAAAUGUUAAAACAGCAACUGCCAAACCAGGGACUUGACAAUGCAAAGUGUGUGUGUGUAAGGAAGAGAGAAUGUGAGUGAAUGCUGUGCCUCAAUUUUAUUUAACAUUACUGAAUAUAAAUAAUUGAAAGCCUAAAAUUAACUGUGCAACACGUAGCAUUUUCUCUUAGCAUUUAAAACAUACAUAAUGUAUUUUUACAUGUGAAAGUUCAGAUCCGGUCUCAGUAGAUGCUGUGAUCAGCAGGAAGCAGGAAACUGCUAAGGAAAAUGCUAUGUAUUGCUUCUUUAAACAUCUUAAUAUUGUACAUUUAUAAUGACCUUUUACAAGGCUAUAUUGAGUGUUUCUGUUAAAAUGUAUUUUACAUCCUAAUUUAUUCUGAAUUUUGGGAAAACAAAAGACUUUUUAACAUUUGAAGCAAGCAAGUUGUGUAUACAUGGUGGAAAAUGGCCAAGAAAGUGAAACUCUAGCUUUUGUAUGUAUAUUUUAAACACUGGCUGCACAUCUCUGAUACAUAUGAACACGUAUGAACGUUUCAAUGUUCUAAUAAUUGUAUAAAAAGUUUCCUCACACUGCCAACAAAUGAUCUUUAUUUUAUCCCAGCUGAUUAUUAGUUUAAUGUGAGUAAACAAAGCUGGCUUGUUAUUUUAAAAUCCAGCAAGUACUGUUGUUUACUGGGAGCGAGAAUAAGAUGCAGUGUUGAGUAGCAUGUUCACACUUGAAGCAAAUUUCCUUUAUUAGUGCUGAUGGGUUAACAGACUGGAGAGGAUUUUUAUUUUUUCCUGCUACAACUUUUAAUAUCAUGUAUUAAUGAAAGUUGUACAGUUAGAAAUAUGAGGCCAAACAUGUAUUUUCUUAAGGAUGAAGGGAUAAUUACACAUUUUCAAUUAACAGUUUUAUAUUUCCCCUACAGUAGAUUAAACUGAAAAAUAAUUUUUUAGAAUUUAGAAAAUGAGAUAAAGGCUUCGACACCCAAAGGGUAAACCUAAUCCAAUAAAUCAUUACUUUCACCAAUUUUAAAAAACGAUUAAACUUUGAUAUUUCUAGAAUAUCAAUGUGCUUGUUUUAAGCAUAGAUUUAUGUGAACACAAUACAUCAAAGUUAUAACAGAGAGGUUUUACAACAGUAACUACACAUUUGUUGGUGUAAAGUAAAUGCAUUUCUCAAAUCAGUGUUUCGUAUUUAUUUUAAUUUCAAUAUCUCUCAGAUAAAAUAUUUUACCUCAAGUUUACACGCACACCCAGAAAAACUUCAGGUUGUUCGUUUGCUUUACAAAACUAUUACAAAAAUCACAGACAUGAUGUUAUUGAAAAGUUUUUUUUUUUUUUUAUUAUUCCUCUUAUACCACAGCAUUUUAUUUACUUGAACUAAUUCUAUGAAAUGUGCAAAAAAAAAACCAAUUUAUUUCUUCUUGUAUCUAACAUGGUUACAGUCACACAGUUAUUUCUCCACCAGCAUCUUUUAUUUUUUUUUGCAACACUAUGAAAAAAAAUACUUUCUUAGAGAGAAAUUGCUCUGAAGACUUUACAAUUUUACAACUUUACAAAGUCUACUUCCAUACAGGUUAAAUAAAGAAAUUUACAGCAAG